GAGCGGGCUGAGCUCGGUUGGGGUUCGGUCGCGCCAUUCUUGCGCUGGGCGGUGCUCUGCUGCUGCUCCUCCACCGACCAUCCGCGGGGCUGGGAUCUCGGCCUCUGCUUCGAGUAGAGCGUUGCUCCAUCCUUCGCUGGAGACGCGCGAGGGUCAACAUAGCCUCUGUUUCUAGCGGGAGUGGGGGGGAAGAGGCAUUCUUUUGAUUCUGAAUGCUUCCAUCAAUAUCCUUUUCCCAGUCUGAGGCCAUCCAUUCUCUCGAAACCAGAAUCCCCAAGUCGCUGUGGCCGACGGCUGUCUGGUAAUUCUUGGAGAUUCACUCUCAACACAACUACAGUUUUUAGUGCAGCCUUCCUCAGUCUAGUGCCCUUUGGAUGCAUUGGAUAAUUAGCAAGGCUAGGAGUUGAAGACGUUCAUGGCAUCUUUAGGACAUCAGAUUGGAGAAGGUGUUCUUGGCUUCACUAAGCUUUUGACAAUGCUGUGUCGAGUGGCUCUUCUCCCUUCCCUGCGUUCCUCGGGUCGAUUCUGGCAGGUGUCUGAUGUGGCUGGAUCCCAUCCUUGCUUACUGGCUCCUAACCUGGUGUUGAGAAAUAAGUCUGCCCGAGGCUGGAGUAACAUACCUUUUAUCACAGUACCCCUCAGCCGCACCCAUGGCAAGUCUUUUGCACACCGCAGCGAACUAAAGCAUGCCAAGAGAAUUGUGGUGAAAUUAGGGAGCGCUGUUGUCACUCGAGGUGAUGAAUGUGGCCUAGCCCUGGGGCGAUUGGCAUCCAUCGUUGAGCAGGUGUCAAUGCUGCAAAACCAGGGCCGGGAAAUGAUGAUUGUCACCAGUGGGGCAGUGGCGUUUGGGAAGCAACGGCUCCGUCAUGAGAUCUUGCUUUCACAAAGCGUGAGGCAGGCUCUGCACUCGGGGCAGAACCAGCUCAAAGAUAUGGCCAUUCCUGUGCUGGAGGCUCGAGCCUGCGCUGCUGCUGGUCAGAGUGGGCUGAUGGCACUGUAUGAGGCUAUGUUCACACAAUAUAGCAUCUGUGCGGCUCAGAUUUUGGUUACCAACCUGGAUUUCCAUGAUGAGCAGAAACGUAGAAAUUUAAAUGGGACUUUGCAUGAGCUACUACGGAUGAAUAUUGUUCCUAUCAUCAAUACCAAUGAUGCUGUGGUUCCUCCCCCCGAGCCUAACAGUGACCUGCAGGGGGUAAACGUAAUUAGUGUAAAGGACAAUGAUAGCUUAGCAGCACGGCUAGCUGUGGAAAUGAAGACAGAUCUGUUGAUUGUUCUUUCGGAUGUUGAAGGACUUUUUGACAGUCCUCCAGGAUCAGAUGAUGCAAAACUCAUAGAUAUAUUUUAUCCUGGAGACCAGCAGUCUGUGACUUUCGGAACCAAAUCUCGAGUGGGGAUGGGAGGCAUGGAGGCCAAGGUUAAAGCUGCCCUGUGGGCUCUCCAAGGAGGAACUUCAGUGGUGAUUGCUAAUGGAACCCAUCCCAAGAUCUCUGGCCAUGUCAUCACAGAUAUUGUAGAGGGGAAAAAAGUUGGCACAUUUUUUUCAGAGGUAAAACCUGCAGGACCAACGGUAGAACAGCAGGCAGAAAUGGCUCGAACAGGAGGCAGAAGUUUGGCAGCACUACAGCCUGAGCAGAGAGCUGAGAUCAUCUAUCAUCUUGCUGAUCUUCUGACAGACCAGAGAGAAGAGAUUCUUCAGGCCAACAAAAAGGAUUUGGAAGAGGCUGAGAAUAAAGGGAGAUUGGCUCUCCCUUUGUUAAAGAGACUCAGUCUAUCAACCUCCAAGCUGAAUAGUUUGGCCAUAGGACUGCGUCAGAUUGCAGCGUCCUCGCAAAAUAGCGUUGGCCGUGUCCUUAGAAAGACGAGAAUAGCAAAGGAUUUGGAACUCGAGCAAGUGACUGUGCCUAUUGGGGUCUUGCUGGUGAUUUUUGAAUCCCGCCCUGAUUGCCUUCCUCAGGUAUCUGCUUUGGCUAUUGCUAGUGGAAAUGGUCUGUUGCUCAAAGGAGGCAAAGAGGCUUUACACAGCAAUCAAAUCCUUCACCACCUGACUCAAGAAGCACUUUCAAUUCAUGGGGUGAAGGAUGCAGUGCAGCUGGUGAAUACCAGGGAGGAAGUGGAAGAUCUUUGCCGAUUAGACAAACUGAUAGAUUUGAUCAUUCCCCGUGGCUCUUCUCAGCUGGUUCGGGAUAUCCAAAAAGCAGCCAAAGGAAUCCCGGUGAUGGGGCACAGUGAAGGGAUUUGCCAUGUGUAUGUGGAUUUGGACGCCAGUGUUGAGAAGGUUACUAGAAUAGUGAGAGACUCAAAAUGUGAAUAUCCUGCAGCCUGCAAUGCUUUGGAGACACUGCUAAUACAUCGGGAUUUGCUGAGAACUCCUGUAUUUGAUCAGAUUAUUGACAUGUUGCGGGUGGAACAGGUGAAGAUACAUGCUGGACCCAAAUUUGCUUCCUAUCUAACAUUUAGUCCUUCGGAGGUAAAAUCACUUCGCACAGAAUAUGGGGACCUGGAGUGCUGCAUUGAAGUGGUGGACAGUGUACAGGAUGCUAUUGAGCACAUUCACAAAUAUGGGAGCUCCCACACAGAUGUAAUCAUCACAGAGAACGAGAAAACAGCAGAGUUCUUCCUGCAGCACCUGGAUAGUGCCUGUGUGUUCUGGAAUGCCAGCACCCGCUUCUCAGAUGGCUAUCGUUUUGGGCUGGGUAAGGGAAUGUGCUACGUGCCCUGGGUACACUUGAAGCUAAAUGCAAAAGGUGCUGAGGUUGGCAUCAGCACAUCGCGGAUCCAUGCCCGUGGGCCAGUGGGAAUUGAAGGGCUUUUGACGACCAAGUGGUUGCUACGUGGGGACAAUCACAUUGUUUCUGACUUCUCCGAGCAAGGGACCAUGAAAUACCUUCAUGAAAACCUUCCCAUUCCACAGAGGAACACUAACUGAGAAUCUGAGUGAAGAGCGUGGUACUUGUUAGGGCUGUUACAAUUUCAGAACCUAGCCUGGAAAGGACAUGGACUUUCUCCAGGCUUGCAGUGUUUUCUGCACUUUCAACUUUCGGGAUACUCAGGAGUGUGGAAAGUGGGAUUCUGUGCUUUAGUUUUUUUCUCCCCCACUCAACUGCAUUCUGUAGGCGACAAGUGCAGAUGCAUAAAGGAUCUCUUGCAGUGCAGGAAAAAGAACUGUUGAUCUUUCUUUGAUGAUGAUGACAUACCAUCAAGUCGUUUCCAUACUUCACUCCAGAUCAGAGGGAAGGUUUUGGCUAGAAGUAGAACUGAAUGCCUUUUUUUCUCCAAUGCUGUUCUUGCUUUGGGAAAAACACUGGGGAAUUUUUUUUUCUUCCUCCUCCUCUAGAGAUUCGUAGCAUCUUCUUUUAAUUUUUAAAAGUGUUCUACCAGUUCAUGUCUUAUUUAAAAUGUUGAAUCACCUUAAUAAAUAUUCCAGGUACAGAA